CCACUCUCCAACCACUGCUUAAGCGCUAGAGCUAGCUAGUUAAUUCUCUAUACCUCUCUAGCUAAUUCUCAAUACCUCUCUAUCUCUAGAACAAGUUAAAUUAACAAGAGAGAGCUAGCUAGUAUAUGGGAAGAAAAUCGUCGUUCUUCUGCGCCAUAUUCAGCUUCUCACGGAAGUCUAGGCGGUUCCAGGUCGACGACGAGGGCGACUGGGAGUGGCCGCCGGCGCCGGCGCUGCGCAAGGUCAGGUCCAGCGACGAGGACUCCGGGUGGUGGGUCGGCGAGCGCGACGUCGACCAGAAGGCCGCCGACUUCAUCGCUAGCUUCCAUCAGAGGAGCCUCGUCGCCUGAAGCGGUAUCAACGACGACAACCGAGUUGCUGCCACGAGCUAUUUCCGGCGUACGUAUACGUACGUCAGUUUACGUAUAGUACGUAAUAAGGUCUAUCGGCCGGAGCUACAUAAGCUAGCUUCUGCUCGAUGAACUAGUAUUUAUGUAGACUCAUAUAUAUAAGUGUGUCAUUGUGUGUCAGUAUGCUGUGUGGUAUGUGUAUA